AUGACCGCGGCCAAGGAAAUCGUUAUUGCGUUUGACGUGUAUGGCACUCUGUUGUCUACAGAGUCCAUCGCCGAGAAGCUAGAGACCCAUUUUGGGCGAGACAAAGCUCAAACUAUCUCGACUUCGUGGCGCAGAUACCAAUUGGAAUAUACAUGGAGGCUGAACAGCAUGGAAUAUUAUCAAGACUUCUCGUGCCUCACUCGACAAUCAUUACUCCAUGCACUGGCAGAGGCGCAGGAGCAGCUUAGCGAAAGCGAACUCUCCGACUUGAUGAAGGCCUACGACAGUCUGUCGGCGUUUCCCGAUGUCAAACCCGCGCUGAAGCGGAUUGCUACCGAUUCGUCUAUCGUCCCGGUGCUCUUCUCCAAUGGGUCCAAGAAAAUGAUCUCGAACUCGGUGUCAAGGUCUGAAGACUUGUCUCCACACGCGGAUAUUUUCCAGCAUCUGGUUACUGUAGACGAUGUACGCUGCUACAAGCCCGCGCAAGCAACCUACCGACAUCUUGCCCACACAGUCGGAAAGAAGCCGUACGAAAUGGACCAGAUUUGGCUAAUAAGCGGCAACCCGUUCGAUGUCGUGGGUGCGCGACACGCGGGAAUGAACGCGAUUUGGGUCGACCGUGCAGGACACGGUUGGCAGGAUGCUGCUAUACCCGAAUUACAGCCCUCGGCCAUUGUUAAGAGCCUGGAGCAGGUCCACGACCAUCUUAAGGACGCAACAGCACUGCACUAA